GUGUGUCUUCCUGCGUCGCCGCCCUUAGUGAGAGCGAGAAAGUGGAGAGAACGCAGUUUCUGGCGCUUCUUGACAGAAAAAAGGGGCGAUAGAGGUCGUCGGAGGAGCCGAAGCGGCUUAUUAAGGUCCCGAAUCGUACUGGACGGAGGUCUGCCCUGCUGCAGCUGCACCCUGGAAGGUCGUAACCAUGGCGCUGUCGUUUAAGAAAGACCUGGAGAAGUACAAAGAGAUCGACGAAGAUGAAAUCCUCAACCAGCUGUCUGAGGAGGAGCUCAAGCAGCUGGAGAGCGCUCUGGAGGACAUGGACCCCGAGAAUGCCCUGCUCCCUGCAGGCCUGAGGCAGAAGGACCAGACGUCGAAGACACCGACAGGGCCGUUUAACCGAGACGGCCUGCUGCAGUACUUGGAGAAGGAGGCGAUGGAGUACAAGGACAGAGAAGACUUCGUUCCCUUCACCGGAGAGAAGAAAGGAAAGGUGUGGGUGCCUAAACAGCAGCCGAUCGAGACGCGCAAGGAGGAGGUGACGACCCUGGACCCGGAGCUGGAAGAGGCGUUGUCCAGCGCUACUGACACUGAGCUAUGUGACCUGGCAGCUAUCCUCGGAGUGCACACACUGGUGACGAGCACACAAAGCUAUGACGGGACCACCAACACAGACGGCUACAACAAUGUAAUUAAAGGGGAAAAAGUGAAGCCCGUUUUUGACGAGCCGCCCAACCCAACUAACGUGGAGGAAACUCUGCAGAGGAUAAAGGCCAACGACCCCUCGCUCACCGAGGUCAACCUCAACAACAUUAAGAACAUUCCCAUCCCCACGCUGAAGGACUUUGCCAAAGCCCUGGAGAAGAACGCACACGUGAAGAAGUUCAGUCUAGCGGCGACGCGCAGCAACGACCCCAUUGCAGUGGCUUUUGGAGACAUGCUGAGGGAGAACAAGACGCUGAGGAGUUUGAAUCUGGAGUCCAAUUUCAUCACCAGCGCUGGAGUUCAGGCGCUCGUGGAGGCUCUGCGAGACAACGACACGCUCUCCGAGAUCAAGAUCGAUAACCAGAGGCAGCAGCUGGGCACCACAGUGGAGAUGGAGAUCGCUAAGAUGCUGGAGGCGAACACCAGCAUAGUGAAGUUUGGAUAUCACUUCACUCAGCAGGGCCCGCGGGCCAGAGCUGCGGCCGCCAUCACCAAGAACAACGACCUCGUGCGGCGGAGGCGUAUGGAGAGGGACGCGUAGCGGACCGUCUCGUUCGUUCUCCUCCACUCUCGCUCGCUCUCUCUCUCUCUCUCUCCAUCUCUCCGGAUGAGUCCUGUGCCAAACUGUGAGGGAGAGAGAGCGGCGUUCCAACCCUGAAUAAGGGACACAACUGGAAAACCCACCAUUUGGCUCUCAACCACCUGGAUUUGUUGUUAUAUUAUUACCGUCAUUGUUAUUGUCAUCGUUAUUGUUUUUACAGCUGUACAUCUUUUUUUUUCUGUAGUUUAGUCAUUCCAUUUCUUUUUCUUCUGACUUCUGGUGUUUUGGUGUUUUUGUUUUUUUUUGCAAUUUGGAAAAGGAAAAAGAAAGAAAACUCUUAAGCUGAGCACAGGGAUCAUGUACAUUUCCAACACUCGUGCACCAUUUACAACCUUAAAAACGGGAAUAAAGCGAAAGGCUAGCGACACUAGUGAGGAAUCGAAGCUCCGCUCGGCUCAGAAUGAGGGGAACAGGGAGAACGAGAGCAGCUGAGAGGUGUUUACUGUUAUCAGUGGGUUUGGCUGCUGGGGAACUGCAGCGAUUGCUCCAUAUCCUGCAGGGAGGGCCACGCCUGCAGUGAGAGUGCAUUUUUCUUCUAUUAGACUCGCUGUGGGAGCGCGUGCAGCUGCUCCGUGAAGCUUGUGCAUGUGUGUGUGUUCCACUCGGUUUUGCUAUAACGUGAGAUGGUCGGGCAGAAAAUCGAGCUAAAAUACCUUUAAUACACUCUUAGUCAGAUGGCAUGUGGGUUUUCUGUGUAAAUAAGUGAACGCACAACUGUUUUUCCUGAAUUUAACGUAUUGCGGGAAACAAAAGCAUAAAGUUUUGCCGUUGCAGAAGUUGUGGCACUUAAUAUUUUUAUUAUGUGUAUUUUUUUCCAACUUGGUGAAAUUGGGCACUAAAAUUGGCAGAAAAAUGCCAGAUUCAAGGCUGUUCUGUAGAGGAUGUGUUCACUUUUCACACAGAAGAUCAACAAAACAAGUAGCUUCACACUUCAGAGUUGUGCACACACACAGAGACACACACACACAGAGA